UACUUUUUCACACCAGAAGAAGGAGAUCACCAGUCGGCGCUUCAUGCCUCUGCUGUCCAGUUGGUCAGCUGGCGUCGUCUACCUGAUAAUAGUAGGAAGAGAGAAAUUCCUCGAAACGCCUCUUGUAUAAUAAUUAUUGUUGUUAGCUGAAGCUCAACCCGCACGCAGUUAUGGACUCUUCGAGCCAAAUUGAAAAGAGGGCCGACGCCCGAAAAAAAAUGGAUCUCUCCUUCAUUGCGUGGGGCCCUGAGCCAGGCAUACCAUCGCCCUGUUCUCAGACAUCAUUGGAGGGCUUGAGCAUGGACAGUUGCGACUCAACAAGUGUUGAUUCCUCACCAGAUGACAGUCGUCCCGCCAUGUUCAGAAGAGAAGGCAAAAAGCUGGCUUUGCUGCCAAGACUGUCAAGCAGCAUUGAUGAAGAGCUCAUACCCUCCGAAACGUCUCGCUCAGCUAUCAUGAUGUUCAAUAACCUACGUGAAACAAUACCGUCGCCAGUCAGCGAUGGAUCUGAUCUUGACUGCUUCCUGGGCAAUAUGGAGAGUCCAACUGAAGUGUUUGGCUGCGAGGAAGGCAAUGACACUAUCAUUCUGGACUCUGAGCCAGAACAGGACUUUGCACAGGUGAAAAUGGACCAAAUGGAGUUGUCUUCAUCCACACUACCUGACAUAUUCGAGUGCGAUCUUAUGCCCCCUCCGACUGCCAAUGAGACAUGUCGACGUUCAAGCAGGGACCUUCAGAAAGACAUCCGACGCAUGCCAAUCCAGGACAUCAGCAAUGUUAUAUUGGGAAGUACCCUGAAAAGCAAGUGCGUCUUUCCGCCGGUUGCACCCACAACGAACCAUGGAGAACACUCACGAUCUAACUAUUCACCACUGGAACUGUCAUCAAAUCAUCAACGGUUUGACUUCACUUCGCCCACUGUUCCUAUUUCAUUCGCACCACCACACUCGAAGCGUCUGCGAUAUCGACGUCGCAGGGAAUCUUCGUCCGCAUCACCGUUCAAUUGUACUGUUGAGGAGUCACCACAGAGUUGGGCCUUCAGCAGUGGCCUUUCACAUUGGAGGCAUCGCGCCAAUUCUGCGGCUGCAAUGGAAUCACCAAGCCACCUCAACCCCAGUACCGUAUCACCAUUCAAGUCAACGCCAGUGAAAAGCAAUCAUGCGAAGCGCCGGUCGUCUUUCAAGUCACCAUUCAAACAGGCCAUUGCUAGCUCUCCGUUCGUAUCACCUGCUUUGGUGCGGCGCCAUACCGUGACGGAUGUGUCUAGUCCCUUUCUUGACAAAGCAUUGCUAAGCUCAGAUUGCUUUGGCAACCCCGGAGAUCUCAUAGGCGAUAUGAGUAGGCCAUAUGCUUUACCUAUUCUGCCGGGGAUCAGCAAUGACGACCGCAAGUAUAUCCAUCCGAAGACGCUUCACGAUCUGAUUGAUGGCAAAUAUCCCAGCGUAAAACAUUUCAAAAUUAUCGACUGCCGCUUCCCAUACGAAUAUGAGGGUGGGCACAUACAGGGUGCUAUGAACCAAUAUAACCACAAGGAGGCAGUGAAGUUCUUACUCGACGGAUCGAAAGAUCUCCUCGAUGAAGAUGGCACUGCACCCGUGCUGAUUUUCCACUGCGAGUUCUCGUUGCACCGUGGACCGGACAUGUAUCGCUUCAUUCGCAGCAUGGACCGAGAGCGAGCACUUGAGCGCUACCCACAGCUGUGUUACCCGGAGAUGUACAUCAUGCGUGGUGGCUACAAGGAGUUCCAUGCACAAUAUAAGGGUCACUGUGAGCCGCAAAACUACAUUGAGAUGAAUGAUCAGCGCUACACUAAGCAGUUGGAUGACUACUGUGGCAAAUGCCACUUCAAGUUCCGCAAGGGGGGCGGAGCGAAGCUUCCUCGUCGCCUGACGCUACGUUUCUGAUGAUAAUGAUGAUCAUGAUGAUGUUCAUGAUGGAUGGAUGGAUAAAACAGAAAGCUGCCAGUAUGUGCUGCUAUCCUGUGCUUACACAGGACAUGGGGUGGUCCCUUCAUGCGUCGACUACGCGUGAAGUAUUCCACCUACCUGGCUUCUUUCGUAUGCGAACAAUACUGUCGUCGUGUUAAACCGUAUUAAUGGCAUGGUACUCGAACCGACAUUGCAAUCACAACUUUCUCAUUUAGCAAUAUAUACACGCUCUCUAAUACUCUAUGGCUGAAGAGCCGCCCAUUCUGCAAUGUGAGCGUGCCUCCGCCGCCACAUUGCUCUGCUUUCCCGGAUCUCUGCAGCUGACUGGCCAGAUGUAGCACAUCAUCUCAUGCCAUGUACUGGUUCUACCCCCCUACGCUCUUCGACUGCUCGGAGUGAGGAGAUCAAGACGAGACCAGACACUUGAGAUGCCUAGCCCUCAGUAUGCAGAUCUGUUUACUAAACCCCAGCUGUUUCUUUACACGCCUGCUGCCUCCAAUCGAAUGGGACAUGAAAAAUUUAAAAAAAAAUUAAAUGGAGGAAUUAAACUGGCUGCAUGGCUUGUCCGCCUGCUGGCUCUGCGUUGUCCCAGUACUGUUACUGUCACACUUCACAUACUCGUGCGCGUGCACACACACACACACACACACACACACACACACAUACAGACAGACAUGCACACAUACACAAACAUACACAUAUGCACACACAUGUGUGUGUGUGCGUUCUGUCAUCAUGCAACCUAGUGUCUCACACGCUGUUGCUGCCGCCGCCGCUGUUGCUGCUGCUGUGCUAUUCGGGCUGCACACGGUGAUGUGAUCCAAUAACUAGAUUUCAAUACGCAAUUAGGAACACAAUAUUCAACAUUCAUUCUGUUUAUUAACGCCUGCCUUGGCUCAUUCGCCUUUCACAUGGUAUGGUUGAUGCUGGUUUAUGCUGUAUCAUGCAAGACUCCCACCACUACCGGUAACGCAUCUGAACCAAGGACCAAUUCACAACAUGGUGCCUUUUUGAUUUGCUGGCCAUCCUACCUGCCAUGGAACAUGUUGCUGGCAUACAGCCAGCUACUCUGUUAGCUCGCACAUUGUUAACGUGCAGCCCACAUGCUCUUCAGUUAUCAAGACUUAGUGAUUCCUGGAGCAACCGGCUCA